AUGGAUCCCAAAGAGAAAGCCGAUCGUAAGAGAGCCUACGCGCGUGAGAAGGCGAGAGAAUGGCGAAGAGGUGUUCGUGAGCGUAAGUUAGCCGGUACACUGACUUCAAAGGACUUGAGAUCAUUCGAUUUAUUGAAAGCAAGAAAGCGAAAGUACAAUCAAAACCACAAAGAAUCUUUGGCAAAAUACUUUAGGGAGUAUCAAAAAAAUCAUUUAGAUGAAUGUGCGGCCAGAAGUAAGAAAUGGAGACUUGAGAAUUUGGAAAAAGCAAGACAAGCGGAUAAACGAUAUCGGGAAACCAAUGCGGAGCAGAUCAGAAUCAAUAAAGCACGUUCUAGACUUAAAAAAAAGCAAAAUGACGCAAAUAAUGAUAGAUCUGCCGAAAAGCAAAGAUGA